AUGUCUUAAUAGCAAGAUCAGCCAAAUGCUAAGAAACGUAUCAGAAGAUGUACAAAACAGGAUCAAAAUCCACGACCAUAUCAUUGUGGUUGUGGACGUGGCUAUUAUAGUUAUCCUGCAUUAUAUACUCACUUGAAAAUUAAACAUGAAGGCCAACCUCCUACUGGCACAUAGAUACCAAGUGAUAAGCAUUAUGGUAGUAGAGGAAGACCACGGGAAAAGAAUACAAAAUGUGAUGAAGAAAGCAAGCAUCAAGUGUUUAUUGAUGAAGAAAAAAGGGAAGAUAAUAAGAAGGAUGAAAAAAUUACACCAAAUUAAUGAAAUCUGAAGAGAGCAUUGGACUUUUUUCUUUAUUAAUAAUUUAUAUCUAAUACUUAAAA